CACCAGUGUGCGCGUCCUCGUUUCCUCCCGGCCCUCAUGGCUCAGAUCUGCUACAACCGCGGCUGCGGGCAGCGCUUCGACCCCGAGAACAACACGGCAGAGUCAUGCACAUAUCACCCUGGAGUGCCAGUCUUUCAUGAUGCUCUUAAAGGCUGGUCAUGCUGUAAAAGAAGAACCACAGACUUUUCAGACUUCCUGAGUAUUGUGGGUUGCACCAAGGGCUUCCAUAAUAGUGAGAAGCCCCCUGAACCUGUCAAACCGGAAGUUAAAACUAUCUCCGAGCGGAAGGAGUUAGCUGACCUAAAACCUAAAUUUCAAGAACACAUAAUUCAAGCACCAAAGCCAGUGGAUACAAUUCAGAGGCCAAGCCCAGAUGAGCCAAUGAGUAGUUUGCAGCUGAAAGUAGCGGCUUCCUUGAAGCAAGCCUUAGAGAAGCUAAAACUGUCAUCAGGGAAUGAAAUAAUGAAAGAAGAUGAUAGUGAUGAGAUAAAGACUGGGACAACGUGUAAAAAUUCAGGCUGUACAAAGGUAUAUGAAGGACCACACAGCUCGGAUGAACCAUGUACAUACCAUGCAGGUGUUCCGAUAUUCCAUGAAGGGAUGAAGUACUGGAGCUGCUGUAAGAGGAAAACGUCAGACUUCAAUACUUUCUUGUCUCAAGAGGGCUGCACAACAGGAACACAUGUAUGGAUUAAGAAGGAUGCUGAGAAAAAACUGGUUCCAUGCAGACAUGAUUGGCAUCAAACUGGAGGUGAAGUGACUAUUUCAAUCUAUGCUAAAAAUUCAGUUCCUGAACUCAGCUGUGUAGAAGCAAAUAGUACAUCGUUAAAUAUCCAUAUUGUAUUUGAAGGCGAUAAGGAAUUUAAUCAGAAUCUGAAUUUAUGGGGUGUGAUUGAUGUGAAAAGAAGUUAUGUAAAUAUGACAGCUACAAAGAUUGAGCUCACUAUGAGGAAAGCUGAGCCUAUGUUAUGGGCAGGCUUGGAACUUCCAGCAUCCAAAGUACAACAAAAAAAGCAACAAAAUCUUGCGGAACAACACUGAAAUCUGAAAGAGGCUUGACGUUGACUUUGAAGUGGUGGCUUGCUGUUGUAAUAUAAUUUUAUGUGUAAUCACUUUUUAAAACUUGGCAUUCCAGCUCUAGUAUAAUGUUGUGCAAUUCAACAUUGCAAUGGUUCACUUGUGUUACUGAACUGGCCCUUACUGGACCAUUGAGGGUGGUGUUUAUGGAAGCUUUGUGAAUGUCCGAUGCUGCCUUAUCUGGCUAUAAGGAGGCUUCUGGCUUCCACUAGCCAGCUAACCACAGCUGUAAGAACCCCUACAAGGUGGCUUUUAGGUAAGUUACCUUGGCUGAAUGCUUUGCUUUGAGAAUAGUUUGUGUCCUGUGCCUUGGAUUCCCCAAAUUUUCUUCAGAAACUGGUUCCUGAUCAUAAUGUAAACUUGCAUUUGGUGGCAGCCCUUCAGAAUGCAGGCAGUGACACACGUGAUGGCAUGUUCUGCAAUAUAAACUGCUCCUUAAGCAUGGAAAACUUCUGUCUUCCCUCUGACAUCUAGUUUUCUAUGUAAGGAUGUAUUUACUUUGUAUGGAGCACAGUUCUAGCAUGUGACACCUGACCUGACACUCAGGCCUGCUACUUCAGCAGGAACUGAGCCUUUGCUCAGAGUUUGCGUUUCAAAGGCUUUCUCAUGCUCAAUGCAAAAACGUUUUUACAUCACAUGCUUUUAUUGUUCAGUUUUGGGAAUCCAUGUUUGCAUCUAAUCAAAACUUUACCCAUAUUUCAAAGCAGCAAUAGGAAUUAUAAUUGGAUAGGAGUACCUGGAUCUGUGCAACAGAUCCCCAGGUCAGUAGAGCUUGAGCUAUGUGAGCAAGCUAGUUAUCUGUAGCAACUUGUACACAGGUCCUUCCUGUACUGUAUGUUCUCAUCCAUCUGGAAGCCCAAGGAGUGAUAAAAUUUCUUCCAUGUGACUUCAUACUGUAGGCAUUCCCAUUUGGCUUACACAUUACAGAAACAGCGCAAAGGGUUUUUGCUCCCUUAAGUAAAUCCAGUUCUCUGUGCACCCUCACCCAUGUCACCUUUGUUAUGCAGGACAGCAUAAAAUAGAAUAAUAGAAGAGCUUUCCUGGUCACCUCUAGAUUUCCUUUUCUUGAGCAUCAUAUUUAUUUCUGAGUAGCAAAUGAAGAUUAAAUGGUUUUUUCUUCCCAUCCAUGGAAUUCAGGGGAGUAUAUUGUAGUGAAGGGCCUGCUUAGCUGCCUCCAUAGACUUCCUCUUGAAGGGUCAGGAGACUUCCUCCUGAAGGGCUCCCUCCAAGACACUUGCACAGUGCCAGGCAGGCAUCCCGGGAAUGUCGGCAUCUCAUUUUCCUUUUCAGAGUUGCCCAGCCCAUCACCAGCAUGACUAAGCUACAAGUGUUCACCUGUUAACUGCUUAUCUUCCAUGGGUCAGCACCUGUGAAACUGGUUGCCUAGCACAGAGUUCCAGGGCUGCCUGGACUUCUUGCAGCAGAUUUCUAAUGCUCCCUGUUGCGCAGCAGCACUCAAGGCCACGUGUGCGAUUCCUGGAUGGGGGUUCUGUUCUGAGGACCUGGCCUGCGCCCUGGAUGUGCUCCCUUGCCUUGCCUGACUAGUGUAUUUCUAUCUGCCACUGCCACUCUUUGCAAACGGUGCAUGUUUUAGGUGGGAUGAAAAUAAGCCGGAAGGCUGAAGUAUGUGGAAUAACGAAUAUUCAUGUAAAUCUACUAAAUAGGUAUGUAUUUGAACACAAAUUGGGUUUUCUGGUGCAGAACCUGAUUGCAGAAUCACCUGUUCAAAAAGAGCUGCUUGCUAAAUUUUUGGAGACAGAAUAAUAUUCAGGAAACACAGCUGCUAAACAGACAGUAGUGCUGGUGGUUAUAGAAAAAGCAGAAACUUUUCAUUAAUUUGCUUACUGAGAGAAAGAGAUUGUAAUCUAAUUGUGUGCAAUCAUAUCCAGAAAAAAGGCUGGAUUAUUAGCAGAGGUUAGUGGCAUGUGGUAGUAUCAAUUUCUGUUUGAGAGGAGGAUGUUCUUCACGAAUGUAAAUGGUUUAAGCCAACAUUUAUCCCCCCAAAAUAGUUGAAAUGCCUCAAACGUAAGGUGGUCUUGAUAGAGCAUCCUUACGUUGACAAUAAUUUAUGCUCAAGUAGAGACUGGAAAUUAAGUUGCCCCUUCCAUUUAUUUCAUAGGAGACUCAAAAGCAACAUAAGGACUACUUAACAGAAUGAAAAGCAAGCCUUUGUUUAGAAUAAUACUGUAUAGAAUGAAAUAGCUACUUGUGUACAAAUACAACAAAACCAGGUUGCUUGAGAUCCAGGUUCUUUUAGUUUACUGUAUGGUCUCCGUCCUUUUUAGAGGCCAGUUUAUGCGCAAUAUAUUAACAGUUGUCUCUUGAAUAAUGUGCUGGUUCUAGGGAGUAAAGAUACAUUUGGCUGUCCUAAAAUUUAGAUUUAGUUCAUACAUCACAUAAGGAGUCACAGCUUUGUUCUGAGGCCUUUGGAUGAUCAUAGCAACAGUUUUUAAAACUGAUAGCUGCAAGCAGAAAAGGGAAUCAUUUUUCCUCCCUCUUAGCAUUGCCUUCAGAAUCCCUGGAUAGUCCCUGCCUUUUGGCAGCAGAAAGGACCAUCAAAGGGCAUCUCUGCUUGUGGCAGUAAACCAGAAACUAGGGGCUGACUUUGUGAACCUGUGGUCUCCUGACAUUGUCCAUAGGAUCACCGUCCUAAGGCCCUGUGACUGUGGGGCAGAACAUCUGAAUGCAGACUCCCCCAUAGCUGGCAUGGAAAGAACAACACCAGCUGCAUCUCUGAGGCUGGCAAUGGCCCAGAGGGGCAUUCCAGGAAGCGGGGAAGAGAGCCAGCUACGGCCAUAUCCCAGUGGCACCCCCGGCUCUUUUUCACCCCUUCUGAAGCAUUUUCAUCACGACAUCUGAAAAAGGCCGUCUAGAUGAAAUGGUGAGGUGAUGGAAGUGAGGUGCUUGCACAUCAGCCGCUGUGUUCAGAGGCUUGCCCACAUCGAGGUUAAAUGGUAAAGACAGACGAUCACGCCCUUGGUGUGCUUCUAAUGGACAUGCAUAGGCACAGGUUCAUACUGGGGUCCAAACUAUGUUACACCUUCCUUGUCGUUAAAACUGUUACUCAGCCAAGACACCACUUCAGCAGUCAGUAAUAAUAGUAGUUUUGCCUUGAGAAGGAAGAAAAAAAGAUUUAUUCUGUGUAAUAAUGCAAUUGUUUGCUUUAAAUUAUAGCACGAGAAUUUGUUAAAAUUAAAAAAAACAGCUAAGUUAAAUGAAUCCAUAUUGUUGCCAGUAUCUUCAUUUGUAUAUUGAAAUUGGAGGGAAAAAUAGGUGUCUGGAACACUAGAAGUUUUUAAAGUCCCCACCCCCCACCCCCCGUGUGUAUGUAUUCCCCUGCAUGGGUGUCUGUUAAAAUUUUUGUUGAUGAAGAAUGUUAGAGGUCUCAUGCCUUCAGGCCUUUUUAUAAAUUUAUGGAAUAAACAGUUAACACAGA